UACAGCUCUCUGUCUCUGUCUCUCUUCUCUCUCGCUCAUUUAUCCAUUUUGGAUUUGCCGACCACCGCCAUAUCCCUGCAAUACGAAGCUUCCGUCUUUUCGUUUCCGAAAUUUCUGAUAUUUCUUCCACUUUCUUCUUCCUCUGCUCACAAGUAAAUUUGCAGAACGCUGGGCCCAAUUAAUUCUUUGUGGUUUGUCCGUGAAGCAAAUGUUCAUUCCUGCUUUUUGCAGUUCAACUUUGAAUUCUAAUAACACUUAUCGGGAUUGGUGCUGGUAAUAUUGUUGAUGGAGUUGAUGUAUUAUGGCUAUCAAUUUGCAUAAUCUUUUUAUAUUAGAAAGCUGGAUUGCUUAGGAAAGGAGGGUUGUCAUUUGGCCUUCAGGAGCUUUUCAGUCUUUGAAAAAGGGAUUAUACUUCUAUUGGAGAGGAGCUUUAUAUAUUCACCGUUCUUGGUGUUUAAAAAUAAUUGGAAAAAUGUCAGAAUUUGAUAUGGCAGUUAUUAAGCCUGAGAUGAUAAAGUCCUAUAUAUGGCUUCAGACUGCUGAUGGUUCAAUCCAACAAGUGGAGCAAGAGGUUGCCAUGUUUUGCCCUAUGAUAUGUCAUGAAAUCAUUCAAAAAGGCAUGGGAUCAUCCAAGACUUAUGCAAUAUCGCUCCCACAGCGAGUUAAUCCUUGUAUGUUGAGCUUAAUUCUGGAUUACUGCAGGUUUCAUCAAGUAACUGGUCGCUCUAACAAGGAACGCAAGUCUUUUGACGAAAAGUUCAUUAGGAUGGACACAAAGAGGCUCUGUGAGUUGACAUCUGCUGCGGACGGCCUCCAGUUAAAGCCUUUGGUUGAUCUUACAAGUCGUGCACUUGCACGAAUAAUAGAAGGGAAAACCCCCGAGGAGAUUCGUGAGAUAUUUCAUUUGCCCGAUGAUCUUACAGAGGAAGAGAAACUGGAGCCCCUAAAAAACUCUACUGACGAUCCACGUAUUCGACUAUUGAAUAGAUUGUAUGCAAGAAAGAGGAAAGAACUUAAAGAGAGAGAACAUUUAAAGGAGGUUGAUGACAAUUGGACCUGCCAUAUGUUUCAGAAUGUUGAGACUGAGGAAGAGCGUGUUGAUGACCGUUCAGUUGAAGAUCUUCUGUCAUUUAUCAAUGGAGGAAAUGGAGGUAUACAUGCCUCAUUAGAGGUAAGGAAAUUGUGUUUCACAGAUUCUAAGGUGCUUAAAACUUCCAAGAGUAAAAAGAAGAACCGGAGAAGAAAGGAGCAACAGAAAAAUGCUUCAGUAGAUGAAUCUAUUGAAAGUCAUGGGAAGGAUUCAAAUGGUCUUAAUUUUGUAUGCAAUGGUACUGGAGUUGACAAGUUGCAGCCCCAUCCUGGUGAGACAUCAACAUUACCAGACGUGGAAGAUGACACUUUUCCACAUAAGGUUGAGUUUGAUGACGGUGAUAUAGAUGAUGAGAUUGACCCUGCUCUAAGGGAGAAAAUUGAUAGGGAGGUGGAAGAUUUUGCUCGUAGAUUGAAUUCAGACUGGCCUGAAAGGAUGCAAGAGAUUCUUUCUUUGGGUCAAGAAAGAAGGCCAGUAAAUGAAAAUGGAUCCUUAAGGAGAUAUACUAGUACGGUUACUCUACCCUCACUUAUGAAAGUUUCUCCAUAUUGUUUUGGUCAAGAUGUGCCUUUUACAUGAACCGUUCUGGCAAAGAGAUUUUCUACAACAAAUCUCAGUGUUUUUUUGACCAGACCCGGAAUGGAAAUGAUAUCUAAAAUAUGGAUGCGCUCUGUCAGAUUGGCCAAUGGCUGAAACAAUUUUGACCAGAUGAUGCUUACAGACACACUUAGAGAGUUGGUAUUGUCACUGAUGUUGGAUUACACGAGAGCUCAUUUUUUCUUUUUCUUUUUCUUUUUUUAAUUCUUUUCUUUAUUAUUUUUCUUUUUAUUUUUGUUUUGGUUGGUUGGUUGGUUGUGCUUAACCCGGAUGCAAUUUUGAUUCUGGGUACAAACUUGUAUUCUAUGAGGGGGAAGAAAUAGCAAAAAUAAAAGAAAAAAGAAAAUUGUGUUUCCUGAGCCAACCAUAUAAUAUGCUCAACGUCACAUGUUUGUAUGUAGUGUUAGUUUCUUGCCACUAGAAGUCUAGAUUCGUAUUCUACAAAUUUUUGUUCUCUUUUUACGUGAUUACUAAACAACUGAAUUUUGUAUCUGAUCAAAGUUGUCAAUUGCUGUUU